AUGUGUGCAUGCAACUGCUUGGAUGAAUCAAAAGAUGGCAAAAUCCAAGAAAUAAACAGUGAGAAAUAUAACUGUACUACAUACAAAGGUGACCACUCUGAUUCUGAAGAAUUAAGGUACAUUUGCACUGAAUGUUGUUCAUCUCAUUUGUCACCAACAAAGACAAACAACCUGCAACAUAAUUCUGAUGUAGUCUCUCCAGAACACCCCGAGGAUAUCAGCAUAAAUGCAAUUCGAUCUGAAACACUGAAUCUACAAUUUCCAUUUUCUGAAUUUCUUUUGUGUGGUAGAGAAAGUGGUGAAAAAUUUAUUCGUUUCAAACAUAUUUCUAACAUUUUCCUUUUGCUAUCUAAGCUAGAGUUUUCUCCAUGGGAUGUUUAUCUGCAAAAUGGAAAAACUGGUAUAAUGCUUCAUUUCCUAGUUGGCGCUAGUUUAGAAACUUUGGCUACCAAGAAAUUCACAAUAUUUUGCCCCUUUUUAUUCGGUGCACCCUAUAAAAUCUCAUUUUCAGUAUAUGCACUGGGUAAAAAAGUUGAUGGUGGAUUUUUUCCAGACAGCUGGUUUGAAAGUGAAACUACAGCAAAACAUGCAAUAAGUGACCUUCUGCAUGCUCUAUUCUCAUUACAGCUUUGUCUUGGACUUUAUGGUGAAAGAUAUAUUGAUAACAUAAAAUCUCCACACGUUUCGAGCAAUGAUGCUGGCAAGCAUUAUGAAACUGACACAAAAUUUGUUCUUAAGAACCAUAAUAUUUAUGGAAAAAAGAUCAGCCAGACUUUAAGAAGUGUUAACCCAGAAGGACCUUGUAAAAGGUUAGUAUGGCAAUCUAAAUCAGAAAGGUGUCAGAACUGUCAAAUUUUAUCGAAAAAUAUCAACAUUUGUCAGCCUAUAUUGUCUGAUAAAAGCAGAUCAAACUAA